AUGGGUGCUUUAGUAUUGGCUUUAACGAAGUGCGGUGGUGCGCAAGACGCCACAACUUUCAACUGUAUAUCGGUCAUUGAUGGUCGGCGGUACCUGAAAGAGGGCCAUAGACAAGGCGAGAAGCCCUAUAUUGCUUCUUGCCAAACACCAGCCAUCAUCGCCUUUGAGAAUGUCGCUGAACUGGCUAUUAGUGACGUCUCUAGUAAAAGCGAAAUACGCGAGAAACUAGAGAAGGCAACUGGACUUGCAAGAAAUUCCUUCGUCGGCAAUUUAGCUACGCCUUGUAAGCUUGCCAUGUCCGUUCCAGUGAUGGAACUUGGGGCAGUGUUAGCAGCGAUAAGUCAAAAAUCUGCAGCGCCUCCUCCUAUAGAAAGCCCGGUUUUUGCAAGUGAUGGAAUCACCGAGCGGUAUAUACCUCGUCAAUUUUGCUCAAACUCAAGUGAGAAAGUCUUGCAAGUGAAUGAUGUAUAUUUCUUCUCAAACCAGUCAUUGUCAACAGUCUCUGUUCGUUUAUCUAGCUGGCGGGAUUGCGUAAGGCUUUCUAUAGAUUAUAACGAGGCACGUCACGAUAAGGGAGAUAUGGUGGCGUAUCUGAACGAGAUUGCGAAAACCAUGUUGGUUUUGACAGAUUAA